GUAUAGCAUCUGUACUGAGAAGGGGGAAGUUGCUUAUAUAAUUCAGAGGAUUAUAUAAGAUCUGUGGAAGCCCAGGCAAACAUCAGUGAAUCCGCUGCUUUCAGAUGGGAGGUGCCAUAAUUGUAAGUUAUCCUUCACACCACCAACAGGAUGUUCCUAAUAUGGCUGGGACUUGUGCCAGUGAUGGAAUUUUGUGUCAGCACAGUCCAUGCAGGUCAUUUGAUACUCCAUAUGGACACUGUGAUUGAAAUUCUGAACGAUGUGGAAAUCCAUUUCAAAACCCCAGACCUAAUGAUGGCACAGCUAUACCAGGAAUUGGAGUUUUGUAAUAGUAAAGUUUGCCAGUUUGUUCUUGGUCCAGUGACUUCCAGGACCUUGGACUCGCCUUAUCUGAGUAAGGCAAAGAGAAUGUUCUUUAAAAAUCUAAUGAAUCAUACAUUUCAUGGCUCCGAAGUGGAACAUGGGGUAGUCUUAACUCCUGAUGGAACCACAAUUUCGAUUAGUCAUUUAUUUGCUGGAAUAGCAGCUGGAUUGAAAAUGAAAAAUGAGUUGACUCUGCCUGAGAAACCUUUGAUCACUGGUCCUCCAAACAGUUCUGGUGAAGAAUCACAGCUUUCUUUGGAUCCCCUCAUUUCCAGCACUAUUUCAAUGGACCUUGGAAUGACUUUUCUCUUAUUUUACUCUAAGGAGAACCAAGUAGCCCUGGGACCAAAUGGCUGUUGGGAUAGUAUUUCUGAACCCCGUACUUUUAUCUUAAUGGGUCCUCCCUCGUAUAUGCCUGAUGCUGUUAUCAAUGGUGCAAUGGAUGGCUUUAUUUUGGGCACUUACUUGGUAGAGAAGGUUGAUCCACCAUCUAAUAUCAGUGUUCUGCUGAAUGACUAUUAUGGCUCUAAGGGCCUGAAUGGGGAAGAAAAGAUACGCAGUAAUUUCCGCAGAAAAUUUUUUGCAGCACUGCUGAGUAAAGAAAAGCUACAGGAGCAGGUAGAAAAUGCUCUGGGACUUCUCUGGAAGAUGAAUGAAGCCAGCUCCCUCUUUGAAGGAAUCACAGACAAGAAAUUGACAUUUCUGGCAAAACAAGCUGUUGAUGAGUUCAUGACGAUGUAUGUAGAAUGUCCUGCCAUAAUCCCACGGUGCAUAUGGGGGGCCCGUCCUUAUAAAGGAACACCCACUCAACUUAAGCUGCCCUUGGGAUUUGUCUACAUCCACCACACCAGCACCCCUUCUAAGCCAUGCCAAAACUUCUCCACAUGUGCAGCUGACAUGCGAAGUAUGCAGCGAUUCCACCAAGAUGACCGUGGUUGGGAUGACAUUGGCUACAGCUUUGUUUUUGGCAGUGAUGGCUACCUCUACCAAGGCCGGGGUUGGCACUGGGUAGGAGCUCACACCCGGGGCUACAACAGCAAAGGAUAUGGCAUCAGUUUCAUUGGAGACUACAUGAAGACCCUCCCAGACUCCUAUGAGCUGGAACUGAUGAAGAACAACUUCAUUCAGUGUGCAGUAAAAGGUGCCAGGCUUCAGGCAAACUACACCAUCCAUGGACACCGCCAGAUGGUACCCACUUUAUGCCCAGGAGACAGACUUUUCCAGGAGAUAGAAACAUGGAAAGGUUUUAAAACAAGAUGCUUUAUAGACAAGGACAGCAAUAAGAUUUGUAUCUAAUAUGGAGCCUGGAACUAAAAUACAAAAGACCUUUAUCUCAGUACCCUUUUCAGACACCAGGGGGUAACCUUUCACACUAGCAAUGAUUCAAUGGCUCAAUCCAAAUUCCCCAAUUAAAAUACAUUA